AUGGAGAAUAUCGUUUGUAUGUGGUCCGUUACCAUAACAGACGAGAACCUAACAGUAGAACAGUGCAAAAGGCACUUCAAAGGUUACGAGAUACCUGACGUUUGGUUGACAGCUAUAAUAUUCUGCUGCGACUCAGUCAUAAGAGAAACAGACAGGUUGCUGACGAACUGCUACAGACUGGAGCUAACAUUGCCCUUGCAUUCCAAAGAGUUGGAAGAAUUGGACAUCCUGAAGAAGAUAAUAAAAAAUAAUAGGCCGCAAAUGACGGCCGCUGGCUUCUUCGAAAUAAAAAGAUCCACUUUGCUCGCUCUUCUGAGCACUACUACCACUUAUUUUAUUGUAGCUCUACAGUUUAAUUCCUUGUAA